AUGGUUGAAUUGGAUAAGAGUAGUGAGACAAGGGUUGAAGAUGUGGCUUGGCUUUGCUCUCUUUCAGAGUCAGAGAUUGAUAUGCUCAUUAGCUUGAAACUGUUGAUCAUCCGGCGUGCAAAAAUGAUAGGCUGUAAGGAAUUGGCAAAUAAGUUUGACCUUAAGAUGCUUCGAGUCAUUGCAUUUGUUUUGAUGGAACAUCUCAAAGAAGUGGUAAAAGAUUCGUCCCUUAUUCCAGAUGUGGUGAAAUCUACCGCGUUUUUAGAGGCUUGCAACUUAUUGAAAUGUAAUAAUGAGGUUGUUUCAAGUAUUGACGAGCUAAGUACAAAUGUUGGUGCUGAUAUACACACAUUUCUGAGAAGGUCACCAACUUCCAAAAGAAAGAAGCAGAAAGUUGGUAGCAGCGAAUAA